GAAGAAAAAACCUUCUACCUGAGAGGGACGCAUACACAGCAGAAGUCUUCUACUGCUACAGUCACUUCCAUCAGCGAAAGGAUGGCGUACAGAGGCAGUGUGAAACCCUUCGCCAACUUCAACGACAAACAAGACGCCGAGAUCCUCCAUCGAGCCAUGAAAGGAAUAGGUACGGAUGAAGACGCCAUCCUCAUGGUCCUGGCAGCGCGCAGCAACGAUCAACGCCAGAAAAUUAAAGCGGCGUACAAAAAGACCCACGGGAAGGACUUGGUCAGUGCACUGAAGUCAGAGCUCAGUGGUCUGCUGGAAAAACUCAUCGUGGCACUGAUGACCCCAGGCAUCCUCUAUGAUGCCACUCAGCUGCACAAGGCAAUUAAGGGCGCUGGAACUAAUGACGAAGUGCUGAUUGAGAUCCUGGCCUCCAGGACUGGAGAGGAGAUUAAAGAAAUCACCAAAGCUUACAAGAAAGAGUUUGGCAACAAACUGGAGAAAGAUAUCUGCGGAGACACCUCCGGUCACUAUCAGAGGCUCCUGGUGAUCCUGCUGCAGGGAUCCAGGGAGGAGGAAAUAGAUGAGAGCAAGAUCGAGAAGGACGCUAAGGACCUGUACGCUGCUGGGGAGGGAAAGUUUGGCACGGACGAGGAAAAAUUCAUCACCAUUCUUGGCAACAGGAGCGUAGAACAUCUGCGGAGAGUUUUCGAUGCCUACAGGAAGCUGUGUGGCUCUGACAUCGAAGAGAGCGUCAAAGGAGAGACCACUGGGAAUCUAGAAAAUCUGCUGCUCGCCGUAGUCAAAUGUGUCAAGAGUGUCCCAGGAUAUUUCGCUGAAGGCCUGUAUAAGUCUAUGAGGCGAGCUGGGACUGACGACGACGCUCGGAUCGAUCAUGUCAGGAUCAUGGUGUCCAGGAGUGAGGUGGACAUGCUGGACAUCAAAGAGUGUUUCAAGAAGAUGUACGGACAGUCUCUGUACACCACCAUACAGGAGGACACCGAGGGAGACUACCAGAAGGCUUUGCUCUACCUCUGUGGAGGGAAUGAUUAAUGUGGUGUGAUGGUGUUGCUGAGCAGCAGUGAAUGAUGAGGCGCUGCCAGACACAGCUACGUGUGAGAUGAGUUUAUAUUCCUCUUAUUUCUGAGUAGAAAUUGAAUUAGUUGAAUUAGUUGUCCAUGAUUUUGACUUAUUUACUGCUCGAACAGUUGACGGAGUAAAGUAUUGAAGCCACCAGCAGAAGACUCUGUGUGAAGCUGUCAUUUAUUCCGUCAUUGUUCUUCAAAUGCUGUAGAGUAAUUUACAACUGGAUUUUGAUUGCCACAGCCUACUGGUCAGCCACAAUACUGCAUCCUAAACUGCAUUUCCGGUUAAAAUACGGUGCUCUACACAUUCUAGUAUAUACUGACAGUUUCAUGAAGAAUGAUUUUGUUUCGCUUGGUUCUUUAAAUAUUAACAAAAAUGUGCAAGAAAGGUAAGGAACCACAUGUGAGAAAUGUUUGGCCUAUUUUGAUCAAUAGUUGUAUAAAAAAAAUUCUUUAGAUGCUAUUUAAAAACUUUAUUCACAUGCAGUAGUAUUAGGCCCUGAUACCUUGUUGUAGUACACUUAUCGUGUCUUAAAUGCAGCCCAGAAAAAAACAAUGUACAAAUUAUGAAACCCUAUGAGCCCUCUCGCUGUCAUUAAUUACAAAUUAGUUGCUGAUCCCGUACUUAACGGCAGUCCAACUGUCAGUGAUUAAUAAAUCAAAUCAAACCAAAAAAGUCACUCGAAGUUCUUUAACUGCUAGGUCCUUCGAUGGGAGACGAUCCCAUGUUGUUGGAGUUUAGAACACAAGGGGGCAGCAAAGAUAGUUUUUACAGUAAUGACACGACUUUAUAAUUUUACUAGCUGAUAACAUUUUGAAAAACUGCGGAAAAUACAUAAAAAACAAACAAACAAAAAAUAUGGCUUAUUGUAUAUGGUUUCUUUUUAUAUGAC